UUUUAAUGUCAACGUCAUUUGAAUGAGUGAGCCAAGGGAAGCCAUGAAAAUUAGAAGUCAAAACAAAACUUGAAUUUGUUUUAGAAAGCAAGCGUGAUUUCUUUAUUAUUAAUAUUUGUGAUAGCACUGUGUCAAGAAAAUACGUAACCAUUCAGUGAUUCGUCCAUUUAUGAGUUUGCCUUAAGUGACUUAAAGCGGGCAGUUUAUUAACUUGUGGGUGAUGUCUGGUGAUGGCAGCGGCGGAGGAGGCUCGCAGGUGGCCCUCGUCACCGGGGGAUAUGACCACACCAUAAAGUUAUGGCAGGCACACAGUGGCGUAUGCCUGCGAACAAUGCAGCACCCUGACUCACAAGUUAAUGCUUUAGAAAUCACACCGAAUGGACAAAUGGUGGCUGCAUGUGGAUAUCAACACAUCCGUAUGUACAAUCUGGCGAGCGCCAACCCGGACCCUGUGAUGAAUUUUGAGGGAGUCACUAAGAAUGUCACCAGAGUUGGUUUUCAACAAGAUGGGAAAUGGAUGUACACAGGUGGUGAGGACUGUACUGCAAGAAUAUGGGACCCACGUGCCGGCUCGCAGCUGACCUGCCAGGGCAUAUUCCAGGUGCCCGCCCCGGUGAACGCCGUGGUGCUGCAUCCGGACCAGACUCAGAUCAUGGUCGGCGACCAGAGCGGCAUCAUCCACAUGUGGGACCUCCGUACUGAUCAGAACGAGCAAUUGAUACCAGAAGCUGAAGCGUCCAUCCAGGACAUAGCCAUCGAUCCCGAGGGGAAAAUGAUGGCCGCCGUGAACAACAAAGGCAACUGCUACGUGUGGUCGCUGGGGGGCGAGCCGCCGCGUCCCGUGCCCAGGAAACACAUCCAGGCGCACAGGAAGUACGCGCUCCGCUGCAAGUUCAGCAUGGACUCCACCAUGCUGGUGACGACGUCCGGCGACUGCUCGGCGCGCGUGUGGCGCACCAGCGACUGGUCGCUGCUGCGCGAGCUGCGACACGACUCGCAGCGCUGGGUGUGGGAUGCCGCCUUCAGCGUUGACUCGCGCUACCUCUUCACCGGUUCAUCCGAUAGCUACGCCCGCUUGUGGCACGUGGAGAAGGGCUCGCUGGAGCGCGAGUACUGCGGCCACCAGAAACCAAUCACCGCGCUCGCUUUCAGGGACCAGGCCGUCUGAUAACGCACACAAGGACAAGAAGUUUAGAAGAGGAUUUUACGGCCCAUUGAAAUGGACAAGAUUUCCCCAGGAGAUUGUACUAAAUGGAAAUAUGAAUUUAUUUUAUUUGUAAUAUCAUACUUUUUAUGGGAAUGAAAAAGGAGAGAAAACUUUCUGACACGCCAUAUUCAAAUAAUGUACGAAAAGUUCCUCAUUUUUUAGUUUAUAAUUUAGAAUUUAUAUUUAAUGAUGUAAAUAGUUAAUGUUUUUGCUGAUAGGUAAUUAAUUAAGAAUAUACUCAGAUCACAGGUAUUGUGACGCAGUAACUAUAUCAUCCUUGCUAGACCUGUCUCCAUAAAAAUUAAAUCUUCCUUUAUAAUUUUAGCAAUGUUGACUAGGUUUAAUACAAACAAUUAAGUUCUAAAAAAAUUAUGUGUACAAAUAAAAAGUGCUCGAGCAAGUUUUCUCCUUGUCUGCAAUGACCCUAAUGCCGCAUACAGCAGCUUAAGAAACGAACGGCGGUCAGUGCUGUAUGGAUAACAAGCGUUUGUUAACGUGCACGUCAAUGACACGAUGCGGCGCCAAAAGAAGCAUAUACAGAUUAUUGACAAUUGAAUACAAAAAUGUGAAAAAUAUUAAAGAAAUGUUUUAUUUUUUUUCACCGGUAAAAGAAAUACCGCGAUAUCCCCUUUUAAUUUAGCUUCAAAGCAAGUCCAAACCAUUCCUAAGUUUUGGAGCUCUAUUCCAGACGCAUUUGUACAAACAUUUAACAUGUUUUAUGUAAAUACCGUUGUAAUAUUGUAAAUGAGAUAAUUUGUAAUGCAGUAAAUAUUUUUAAUGAAAUUCAAAAUU